UUACGAUCUAGUGUGAUAUUAUAGUAUAAGUGCGCUAUAAGAUAAACGAUAUAUCACUACAAUGCAACGGCGAUUAUUCUUAUCAGAUAAAUUUCAUUUCUAAACUGAGCCGAUCGGAAUCAGGUAUUGACUGUUUCAAAAUGACGAAAAUUAUUUUAAGUUUAUUUUUAAUUAUAUGUGCUGUGUCUAUAAUAUUCGCUUUAGAUGAUAAAUCAUACUGUUUUUCGUUUACAUGGCAAAAUCAGGUUGCAUUACCAAAUAAUAGUACAUCUGAUGAUACAAAAUGUAAUCAUACGAUCUAUAAAAAUGUUCCCUGUAUAGACCCUUUAAUCAUUUCAGAUGAUGCACCAAAUACAACUAAAAUCUGGGAAGAACAAGACAAAUCUAUGCUUUGUGCUUCAGGGCCUGGAAAUGUUUGUAUAAAAUAUACUUAUGUAUAUAAUAAUGCCAUUAAAAAUACAUCCUUAUUUUGUGGUAAAGUAGUAGAAGAUCAAGUGACACCUCUUACAUCAGGAUGCUACGAACAAAAGGUGGCUGGUUAUACAAUUGAGACUUGUGCCUGCAAACCAAAGAAAAAUAGUGAGCCUUGUAAUGGAUCGAUAAGAACAAAUUACUCUAUUAUCAUAACAAUUAUAAGCUUAGUAUUUGUAUUCAUGAAAUCAAGUUAUUAACAUGGUUAAAAAUGAUCUAUAUGUAAUAUACCAUAUGUACUCAUACAUUGUUUACUUUUAAUUUCGUUUCAUUAGACUGUUUAAGAUAAAAAAAAUAACAAAUAAAGUAUGUAACCUGCCAAAUUAAACAUUUUUUUUAACAUGAAAAGAUUUGAAAAUUAAGGAAAUAAAUAAAAUAAAUAUUAAAAAUACAUCGAUCAUUAUGAAAUAAGAUUAAACUAUUUUGAUAAAAAUUGUAUAAAAGAAGAUUACACAGAAAUGUUUGUAAAAUCAAAGUAUUUUACUAAGAAUUUAUAUUGUCAUCAAACAUCGAUGUUUUAUUCAUUGAUGAAACGAAGAAUUGUAUAAAUGUUUUCAACGUCAUUCGAUUAUUUUCAGAUAUAUAAAUGUUCAUAAUUUACAAAAGAGA